GUUUUUGUUAUAUUGCAUAAUUAUGUAUUCUAAAUAAUUUAAAAUGGCAAGACAUAGAGGCGGUUAUUUUUAUUUUACUGUUUCCAUAGUAAACCUGUUGGCAUUUUCUGCAGGAGUGGCUCAGACAUGGACAUCACCCGUUUUACCAAAACUAAAAACACUGGAUGAAAAUCCACUGGGGAAAGUUAUAACUACAUCAGAAGCUUCCCUUGUGAAUGCAUUGCUAAGCAUUGGAAACACAUUUGGCCCUUUAUUGGCAGUUUCAGCAAGUCGAUAUGGGAGAAAAAUCACCAUGUUGCUCAUAGCAAUACCUAUUACUAUUGCGUAUGUGGCGUUAGCAUUUGGAAGUAAUAUAUAUGUGUAUUAUAUCGCACGAUUUGUUAAAGGACUAGGUGUUGGAAGUUCACUGUUGAUACUGCAGAUUUACCUUGGUGAAGUGGCAGCGAAAAAUAACAGAGGCACAUUCGGUUGUUUAUCCUCGGUAUACUACGGUUUAGGAGCAUUGUCGGUGUAUGCUAUUGGACCUUAUGUUUCCAUUAAAGUUUUUAGUUUGACAUGCCUAACUCCUGUAGGUUUGUUUUUAAUAUUUUAUGCUUUUAUACCUGAAAGCCCAAUACAUUUAGUCUUAAAUGGGGAUAACGUGGGAGCCGAACAAUCUUUGAUAAAGCUACGGGGUGCCACUGAUGUGAAGGAAGAGCUAAGUGAAAUGGUUAAGUUCUGCGAAAAAAAGAAGACGGGCAAUAUAAGGGAUAUAUUAAAAUCGCCGGCAUUAAAAAAGUCCCUAACUAUAUGCUUUGGUUUGUUUAUUUUUCGACAGUUAUCAGGUAUGGAUGUCAUACUAUCGAACAUGCAGAUAAUUUUUGAGGCUGUAGGUCAAAGCCCAAUUUCUGCCGAGCAAUCACCAAUAAUAAUCGGCGCUUGUAAGAUUGUCGUAACCAUUUUAACAUCCCUGGUAGUCGAAAAGUCCGGCAGGAAAAUUUUAUUAAUAUUUUCCGCUACAGGAGCGAGUUUAUCCAUACUAACCCUGGGUAUAUUCUUCUAUUUACACGAGCAUAACUAUGAUGUAUCCAAUGUUAACCUACUGCCACUAAUCUGUAUGACCUUAUUCAUCAUAAGCUGUAGUUUUGGUUUAAUGCCUCUACCCUGGGCCAUCUUGGGGGAAAUUUUCCCCAACAACGUCAAAUCUACCGCGUCGAGUUUCGCAGCCUCCCUAAACUACUUUGUGGCCUUCAUGGUAACUUUGAUUUUUCCUUACUUUGAGGAUUUUAUCGGGAUGUCUGGCGGAAUGAUUUUUUUUGGAGUCUCCAGUGGUGUUUGCGUGAUUUUCGUUUGGUUGGUUGUUCCGGAAACGAAGGGAAAAUCCUUGGCGGAAGUUCAAGAUAUGUUGGACAAAAAAAAUGAUGGCAGCAAUUAAAUCUUACUGUAAAUAAAAUGUAUGUUUUAUUUUAUUUUUAUUCUACAAAAUUACUUCAUUUUACCUAGUAUAAGUUAAAAUUCUAGUUAAAUAACGA